AUGCUGUUAGAAUUUGAGAGAAAUAGAUCUUCCAUAAAUAUUCCAUUCGUUAUUUCAUUGAGUUUUUCCAAUAUCAAUAACUCCUUCCUUAAAAGAAAUCCCUCCCAACUUAUUAAGCAAAUUUCAGACCCUUCCAUAAACCAAUUUUCUUUCUACAAGAACUUUUAUAGAGCAAGAAAUAAAUGAAAAUUUCCCGCAUCAGCAAGUUUCCUAACUCUCCACCCUCAGUAAGCGAUCAAAAUUUAUUUGUGCACUCACGCUCAAGGAGAGGGAUUAUUUAUUUUUAAAUAAAAAAAUCCAAUUAGAAUAUAAAACUAAUUUUUAAAGUUUAUGUUUUAAAAAGCAAAUUUAAUAGAAAUUAGAUUAGAUCAAAUCGCUUACACAUUUUUUAUCAAAAUAGCUGUAUUUUUAAUUUUUUUCUCGAUCACGAAGGGAGAGAGUAAAGGGCAGUGCCCAUUUUGUUCAAAGAGCCUUCUUAUCAGAUCCAGAAGCCUCUGAGGCACCCAUCUUUAUUUUGAAGAGUUUAGCAGCUUAG